UUCCAGGUACAAAAUUAUCUGACUUUUUCUCUGACUAUAUUUGAUUUAGUUAAAGUUUAGAUGACAUAGUUUUCCAUGGUAUUCGCAGUUCCAGCUGAACAGUGUCACACAAAGAACCUCAACUCAGAAGAUCCAGCGGUUGUAUCGUCAGUCAAUGCAGUUGUAAUAAUGUCAAUUUAAUCCAGGCCCCUGAGAAUAAUGGUUAAAAUUUUUGGAACUACUGACAACUGUAUCCUUCGCCCUAUUAGCAGUGUAGGGGCGAUCCAUUCGAAGAAUUGCUUCCGCAUCUAAUGAGCAGUGCUUUUACCAUUCGCUUUGGAAGUUGAAUAAAAACCUGGUAGUAUUUUGUUUUGUCAUCAUUCGCCGAGUUUAGCUCAGCAAACGCGGAACAACAAGUCGAUUCCUUCUCCAACAUGAAACUGCACAAAUUUACCAUCAUUUUGCUGGCAGUAUCGUAUUCAGUUCGAGCUCAGUUUAAAGAAAGUGACGAUAGUUUUGUUCCUUCAACGGAAACACUGGAAGAAGAAAAUUCGCCUGUUUUCCGCCUUAACAUUGCUAAAGACGCAACGGGUAAACAAUCUUUGCCAAUGCUUCCUCAACCAAGCCAGCUGUGCGCCGUUCUCAGCAAUUGCAAUCCUCAAGUUCCACUUCAGCCAUUUGCUACUGUAACGAACUCUGCCGCCGCUCUGAUGGGUUCCCCAACACCAUCUUCACCGUCGAUGAACUACCCCGCACCGGCAACCAUGGCUUAUCCCGCCCCUAUGGCACCUACUCCUGCUGCGCCUAUGUAUUCCGUCACUACCACACCUACCCCUUUGCCAAUGAGUUUUUCGACUUCCGGCACGCCAACAAGCUACAACGGUGCAGGUACGAUAACCUAUACCACUCCCGCACCACCUGCCCCGGUAACAACCAGUUAUGCCACUCCUGCAAUGAUGAACUACUCCAUGGCACAACUCCCUACACCGGCACCUAUGACCUAUUCCCCGCCUUCCUUACCUUCACCCGCUUUAGUUGGCUAUCCUGCUCCCACGGUAGUUAUGUCUUCACCAAUGGGCUAUCCUGCGCUUUCAGCACCUACACCAGCACCUACUGUAUAUCCUUCGGCUACGGUACCUUCACCCAUAACUAUGGGCAAUCCCGCACCAAUGGCACCUUCCAUUGCAUCAGUGAGCUAUUCCGCACCUAUGGUACUUUCAUCCUUAUCCAUGGGAUCAGAUGCCCCACCGGUACCUACACCCGGACCAACAGGCUAUGUCCCUCCUUUGGCACCUACACCUACAUUGAUGGGGUAUGCUGCAAGUGCGUCAACCCCGCCAACACCAACAGGCUAUCCUACACCUACAGUAUCUCUUCCUGCCCCAAUGGGUUAUCCUGCAACUCCGACCGCUACACCCGCACUGGCAGGCAGCCCUGCUUUCCCAAUUCCUACACCAGCAAUGACAGGCUCUCUCGCAUCUCCAGCAGCCAUGGCUAUUCCUUCCCCCCCUGCAACCAUGCAGAUGCCAAUGGGUUAUACCGCAGCUCCAGCACCUGCGCCUACCCGGUGCUUAAUCCUACACCUUUGGCAGCUCCACUGGCCUCUGCGAGCUAUCCUGCACUCCCGAUGUCUGCACCUUCCCAGAUGGGCUAUUCUGCACCUUCUGUACCUACACCAACAUUACCCUCUGUAUCUUCUGCACCUCCACCAGCAUCAGUGGGCUAUGCCCUAUCUCAGGCAACUAUGCCUGCAGCAGUGAGCAAUUCUAGACCAUUGGCCCCAAUAGCACCUGCAAUAAUAAGCUAUCCAGCAGCUGCAGUACCCACUCCUGCAUCAGUGAGCUAUCCUGCACUUCCUACCAUGCCUAUUUCAGCGACAUUGCCUACUCCAUACCCGAUGAGUUACCCUAUUCCUGUAACCACCCUUCGUCCGUAUCCUAUCAAUGUCUCUUCAGCUUAUUAAUGAAACAUGGCCUUCCUUAAUGUUGAAAGGUAUGCUAAAUGAACAACGUCGCAGCACAAAAGAAAGUAAAAUAUUUCACAUGAU